CCCCCUCCUCCCCCGGUCCGUCCCGCGCGCUGCCUGUAAAAACAACAAGCCAGCCAGUCCGCCUCCCUCCCUCACACGGCGCAGGUUCUCCUCGGCCCGGUCGGUGGGGCGGGAGGGCAGCUGAGGGCGAAGGCCGGGCAGCAGGGGCCUGGGGUGGCCGGCCGGCCGGCCGGCCGGGCGUCUGGCGGAAGAGGCGAUGGACCAGUGCGUGACGGUGGAGCGCGAGCUGGAGAAGGUGCUGCAGAAGUUCUCGGGCUACGGGCAGCUGUGCGAGCGGAGCCUGGAGGAGCUGAUCCAGUACGUGGCGGGGCUGCGCCGGGAGAUCCUCCAGAGCGAGAAUCAAGAUGGAGAUCUAUCGGGGACGAUAUCACUUGUUAUGACCCAGUGCUGCAAGCGAAUAAAGGACACCGUUCAGAAAUUGGCCUCGGAUCAUAAAGACAUUCACAGUAGUGUUUCCCGUGUUGGGAAAGCUAUUGACAAGAAUUUUGACUCUGACAUCAGUAGCGUGGGAAUAGAUGGAUGCUGGCAGGCUGAUAGCCAGCGGAUUCUGAAUGAGGUGAUGGUAGAACACUUUUUCCGGCAAGGAAUGCUAGAUGUAGCUGAGGAACUUUGCCAGGAGUCUGGACUUUCGAUAGACCAAAGUCAAAAGCAGCCAUUUGUGGAGCUCAACCGAAUAUUGGAAGCACUUAAAGUUAGAGUUUUGAGACCUGCAUUAGAGUGGGCUGUAUCAAACAGAGAAAUGCUUAUGGCACAGAACAGCUCUUUAGAAUUUAAGCUACACAGAUUAUAUUUUAUUAGUUUAUUAAUGGGUGGAACUACAAACCAGAGAGAAGCAUUGCAAUACGCUAAAAACUUUCAGCCAUUUGCUCUAAACCAUCAGAAAGAUAUUCAGGUUUUGAUGGGAAGCCUAGUGUACCUGAGGCAAGGAAUUGAAAAUUCUCCGUAUGUCCAUUUGUUGGAUGCAAAUCAGUGGGCGGACAUCUGCGACAUCUUUACAAGGGAUGCCUGCGCUCUGCUGGGACUCUCGGUUGAAUCACCUCUCAGUGUUAGCUUUUCAGCAGGUUGUGUCGCAUUGCCAGCUCUAAUUAACAUAAAAGCUGUGAUUGAACAGAGACAGUGUACUGGGGUUUGGAAUCAGAAAGAUGAACUACCGAUCGAAGUGGACCUUGGUAAAAAGUGUUGGUAUCAUUCAAUAUUUGCCUGCCCCAUCCUUCGUCAGCAAACAACAGACAAUAACCCACCUAUGAAGUUGGUUUGCGGUCAUAUUAUAUCGAGAGAUGCUCUAAAUAAAAUGUUUAAUGGCAGCAAAUUAAAAUGUCCCUAUUGUCCCAUGGAACAGAGUCCUGGAGAUGCCAAACAGAUAUUCUUCUGAGGACACAAUUCGCUGUCUAGUUUUAUCUGUGUGUUUUGGAAGACUGAAAGCAGACAAAUGCUCCAUUUUAUGCUGUACAGGCCGAGGAGGACUCCCGUGUUUUGUAUAAGCCUCAUGCUCCAGAAAUUUUUGCCACAUUUAGUGCAGACAUACAGAUUGGGGAAAAAAGCUGCAGAAGUAACAUCUGUUAUAGGGCUUCUACUCUUAACCUUGGUCUCCAUAUCUGAUCAAGAUACGACACCAGCAGUUGUCAUUCAGUGCAGGGUUUUGUACUCAAUUGUAUGGUGACUUCUCUUUUUAAAAGCAGACACAAACCACAAGCAUCGUAUAGGCCUAAUAUUUGCCCUGCUUUUAUCACCCUGUCAGAUGAAUGUGUGGGGAAAGUUUUUAUUUCCUUAAGAGUGUAAAUAAUUAAAAGAGAACUUUGGAAAAAGGUUUGAUAAAUUGAAUAGUGGUUAUAGACAUACCUGUAUUUCUGUUCUUACUGGUUUAUCCCAACCCAAAGCUGUGAUAUUUUUUUUUGUUGAGCAUUUUUUCCCCCCUUCCAGCUUUUAAAUAGAACUCCAAAUGAAUGUGCUUAUAUAUAUAUAUAUAUAAACUACAUGAAUAUAUAACAGAGUUCAAAACCAUUUCUGAUUUAGAAAUCACUUCUGAUUUCCUGACUGAGAGCUCUUUGUGUAGCUGCGAGUAUUCAAUAAACGUAACUCUGGACUGGAAAGAAACGUUUGUCAAUGGAUACUUGCUCUCCAGCUUUUUUUAGUCUUAUAACCUAAGCUUUGUACUUAACGUCAGUGUCAUGUUGCUGUACAGUUUGCUAGACAUGAUAAGCUACAUUAUUUAUAAAGUUAUCGAAACCAAAUAAACUGUUGACAAUGUUCCUAGUUGAGAUGGGGAAAAGAACAUCUUCCAGUAAUCGUAAAUAACUCUGUGUGUCCUGCUGAUCACAGGAUUAGGCCUCCACCCUAUUAGUAACUAAUAUGUCUUCUGCAUUAAAGAGCAUUGUGCUUGUGACUGUGCCCUGACGGCUAAUAUUACUUUUUCUUCUUAAAUUUGUUAUGACAAAGGCGAGACACUUUACCUAGUUUGACUUUUGUCCCUAGAGAAUCCUGAGAAUUGUAGUCUGGGAGGGGAGGCACCAGGAGAGUAACGUUUGGGGUUUUGUUGCCUGCUUACAUUGCUCUGGAUUCUCCUGGGAAAAGCGACACUAGAUUAACUAAUACACAUUUCUACUACAGAUUAGAGCCGAAGUGAAUACGCACUUCUAAGCUUGAUGCGCACUGUGACAAAUUUCUCGUGUGCAUUUGUUACAUUGUCCUGUGAUAGGACAAAGGAGCUACCUGACAAUAGAUGAAAUAAUAGAUUUAUUUGCUGUGCGACCUAAAAGCAGGGCUGGCCCACCCAUUAGUCAAGGUGGACCCUUUGCCUCGGGUCCUAGAUUGGGAGAGGCAGCGGAACAGUGCUCUGCAGCCCAUCCAUCACUGCUUCCACCCACCUGCAGAGCUGUCUGGCAGGCUGACCACGGCUGCCACUACUACCAUUGGCAAGCCAGCUGCCAUCUCUGGCCCUGUGGCGGAUGCCUAGGGCUCCAGGAGAGCUCUGCCACUUUGCUAAUAUGGUAAAGUAACAGUGGGGCUAUUUGGAUUGGCUCUGCUUUGAUGCGAGGAAGGGGGUAAACCCCAGAGAACACCUGCUUAAAGUUGUCAGAAUUAUUAUGGUAAAAUUUCAGGCAGAAUCGCUGCUGCAAAAGCAGUAGCGUUUACAGGUGAUCGCCAGGGCUCACUCCACGCCAGGGCCUUCUGUUCCUCGGAGGAAGACACGGGCAAGGUGACCCCAAAGGGAAUUAUGAGUCCCCAUAUGAAAUUCUAAGUAGGAGAUGGAGGCAGAGGAGCCCGGCAUAUGAAGAGGUGGCGGAGCUACAUCAUCUGCUUUGCUCGGGCGGCACAAUGCUUUGUGCCGGGUCCGUUUCAAAGCACCAAACUUUGGUUGGCUACUAAGAUAUUAGAAAUGCACUAGCACAAUGCACUACACAGAAGAAUGUUGAAAAAGAUCUUUGUGUGCUUUUGGCUUUGGAACCUAGCGAAUGGUCACUACCAUUGCAGAUUACAUUAAGGCAAGCCGAUUUUACUCACGCAGGAAAACCAGAGGAAGGAAAAUAUGCCUCUGCGUUACCUUUUAAUAAGCGACUUCUAUCCAUAUUGCACUUCUAGGGGAAACUGAUGAAAAUAACGACAGCGAUAAUAUUUUCUGUGCGGGUUUAUAGUCUCAGUGAAAUUGCUUUUAACAUGGAAGGGAAUUGCAUAUUUGUGAACCUCAGCAUACCAAAUGCCUAUGUGUACUCAAAGUGAUGUAAGAAAACUUUGAAAACGGUAGCGUUACGGUCUACCCAAGUUGAAUUUUUUAAUGCAAGAAUAUCCGUGGACCUACGCACAUGUGUACGGCCCAUCGAUUUCAGUGGGAUUUGGGUGUACCUAAGUUGUUAGGCUUACAGCCAACAAUUUCUGCUUCAUCCUCCCCUCCCCAAAGUCCAUGUUGGUUGCCUGCCUAAGACUAUAACGGCUGGUGUCUUCAUACCAAAAUUUCAUGACUGACGUGAUUUUAGUGGAUCCCAGGUGAUAGUGUGGUUUGCUCUCCCUCAAAUCAGCAAGGAGCAUGGUUGAUGCUAUGUGAUUGCGUCCAUGCAUUUGUACGUUUCUAAUAAUUCAUGGAGACUCAUGAAUGAGAUGUUUUGGGUUUCCUGCAUAGCGCAUGCAAAUAACCCCUUGUCUACUUGCUCUGUUGUAUCCAGCAAGGAGUAGGACUUGAGCCUUUUUCUCCUUUCAAGGUUAGCAAAUGGCUUCACUUUCGGCAUUUUCGAAAAUGAGACUAUACAAUUGCAUCUUGUUAACUGCAGGAGAAGCAGAAGUGGCUUUUCAUAACCACAACCCCGGCUGGUUUGUGAGAACUGUAAUUUCAGGGCACCAUAGUGCGUGUUUAAACUGCAGUUCUCACACCUUUAAUUUUGCCAGCCCAGCCCACCCCUCCCCAAAUAUCCCCAAUAAUAGUAGCCAUUACACAUAAAGGUUUUGUUUUGCAAACAUUUCCUCCUUACUUUGAGGGAGAGCAAAGCCUGAGGGCAUUCAUUAGAACUGACAGCUAAGAGCAACAUGGAGCUGGCAGGAUCGAGAAAGCAAUCGUGGAAAUGAUGCAAAUGGGCGUGUUAAAUGUGUACAGCAUGUUCCAGUGAAUUGCUGUGUGCUUUUCUAGACACUGUAUCACAGAUAAAAUUCUUUUCUGUGUUCAGCAUGGAUAACUGAGACUCUAUUAUGGCAGCUCCCUGCUUAUCAUGAGAAAGAUGUAAUGCAUGGGGGUGAUAAAUGGGUAGAGCCUUCUAGGCUUAACUAUAUUUACAGAUGAUGUAUAUUGUUACACUGUUAUUGGUAAUGAGUAAAAAAAAAAGUUUGUUAAACCAAGUUUCUUUGAUUUCAUUGUUUGCACCGUAUUUUGUAUGAAACAAAUGCAUUUCCAAUCUAGCAGUGUAUUCCCCCAACUGCUUUAAGGCCUUUUAUGUGACCAUGGUGGAGUCUACACACGUAUUAAAAAUGUUAUGAAAAUGCUUUUUUAAAAAAAACAUCAAAUUUUCCAAAAGGCUCACCAUCGUCAUCUAGUAUCACAUUGUAUAUUGCACUUAAAACACACUUAAAACGUUUUUAUUUGCAGCGGUAUAGCUGAGUCUCAUGUGUGGUCGGGGGAACCGCCCCUAAAAUGAUGUCCCAUCGCCUCAUUUAUGUGUUAGGAUUGCCUGCCACAUAAAAGGGCCUUAGUUUUAGCCAUAACCCAAAAAUGAAACUAGCAUUACUGGUGGGGGGGGGCACAAAGGAAGCUUUGAGGCAAUCUGAUUUUGUGGUGUGGUGUAGUGGUUAAGAGUGGUGGACUCGUAAUCUGGGGAACCGGGUUCGCGUCUCCGCUCCUCCACAUGCAGCUGCUGGGUGACCUUGGGCUAGUCACACUUCUUUGAAGUCUCUCAGCCCCACCCACCUCACAGGGUGUUUGUUGUGGGGGAGGAAGGGAAAGGAGAAUGUUAGCUGCUUUGAGACUCCUUCGGGUAGUGAUAAAGCGGGAUAUCAAAUCCAAACUCUUCUUCUUCUGCUGAAAUCAUGACAGUUCCUGACUGGAAAGCUUAAAGCCUGCCGCUGCUACACGGGAGACAGAUUAAAGAAAAGGUAUAUAUAUAUGUGUGUGUGUGUGUGUGGGGAGAGAGAGAGAGAGAGAGAGAGAGAGAGAGAAGACUAGCGCACACUGGCCAGCAUCCGUUUUGACGAAAUAUUUGUUUUGGGCUUCUCAGAAGUAUGUAAAGACAAGAAACGGGGGUCGGUGCUGGUCUGCAAUGGUGCUCACCUGAGUUGCCGGAACUGCGCUCUGGCUGUGGGGGGGGGGAACCCCCACUGGAUAGACCUAAGGAGAGCCUGCAGUUUCAGACCAAUGACCCACCAAGUCCAGCCCCCUGCUCCCACAGCGACCAACUCUAUGUCCAAGAGAAGCCCACAGGCUGAAUAAACGCCACUUAUUCAUUCUUCCCUCUGCCCAAAGUUUUGCUUUUCAGUUCAUGGUUGUGGUUCUGAAGAAGCAGUUACAUUAAGUAGAGGCCGCUUUGAUUCUAUGACGAAAAGAAAUUCUCGGGCUUUAUUUUUAAAUGUUGUAGAACAAAGGGAUGCGGAAAACGUCGCACCCCUCGACCAUAGCGAUGCUCCCGCACGGUUUGCGUAUAGAUGGCAAGGCACAAAAGAGGAGGACAGGAAAUGGUUUCGCUUGUACUGUACUGCGUAGACUCCAGCUGUCCCUAUUUGCCAGAUGCAGUUCCUGUUUUCUGGUGCCCAGUGGUGCUAACACACGUAAACUUAAUAGGCCAUAUAGCAGGGGUGGCCAACUCCCAAGAGACUGCGAUCUACUUGCAGAGUUAAAAACUGGCAGUGAUCUACUCCUUUUGGGGGGAGUUCAGGUGAAAGUUGUUGAGCUUUUUUGGGGAAGGAAAGCCCUGUUUUUUGGGUUCAGGGUGAAGUUGAGCUUUUUAGGGAGGAAGAAGGCCCGUUUUUUGGGGGGGGGGUUCAGGGAAAAAAUGUUGACAUUUUUUGGCAACCCAAAGUUGUUGAGCUUCUUUGGGGGGAGCCAUUGAUCUGCCAGUGAUCUACCACAGACAUCCAGUGAUCUACCAGUAGAUCACGAUCUACCGUGUUUCUCAUAUUAUAAGACACGUCUUAUAUUUAUUUUUUCCUCAAAAAAACACACUAUGGCUUAUUUUCAAGGGAUGUCUUAUUUUUUUUCCUCCUCCUCCUGCCGCGGCCGGCAUUGCUGCUGCCCCUAUCACUAUGUCUUAUUUUCGGGGUAUGGCUUAUAUUCCUUGAAUGCUUAAAAAUCCUGCUAUGGCUUAUUUUAUGGGCAUGUCUUAAAAUAUGAGAAACGGUACCUGUUGGACAUGCCUGCCAUAUAGUAACAAACGCAAAGUUAUUUACUAGAAC